AUGACCAGCGACGGCUACGGCUCCCAAGAGCAUUUGCGUCGUCGCAUUGCCCAGCGAAACAGCAGAAACCUCGACUCAACCUCAGAUGCUCAGUAUUAUCAACCAGGCCAGCCAGUCGGUUUCCUUCGUGCUCGAGGAACAGCCUACGAGAAAAAGUAUCUCUCGAGGAAGCUGGGCUGCUGCUGCCUCUGUAUCGCUCCGGUUACUCUUCUCAUUGUUUUGGCACUUACCUUUUUCCCAAUCCUCUAUGCGCUUGCCAACCAUACACUUCACACCGCAGUACUGCAUGUGUAUCAAUCCAACAUUACCUCUCCCGGCAACAAUUCAUUCCCCAUCACACUCGAAGGCCAAGUCAAGAAGGUCGGCAUCUUCCCAGCACGCCUGUACUUUCGUGAGCCCGUCCAAGUAUGGUGGGUGCCACCGCCUCGUCCAGGCGAAAAAGCCUCACCCCAGACAUUGAAAGAGGUGCACCUCGGUCAAAUGAGAUUUGACUCUAUCGGUGCCGCAGCAGGCCAUGCAAGAAUCAAACAGGCAACCACAUUUGACAUCCAUGAUGUCGAGGCCUUUGGUGAAUUUGCAAAGUUUCUCAUCACAAAGCCUGAGUUUACCUGGAAGAUCAACUGCAGCAGCGUCCAUGCUGAAGCAUUUGGCUUCCUACCCACCUACAAAAAUUUGGUCUUCAACAAGCAUGUCGUCGUCAAAGGAUUCAACAAUUUUGAAGAUGUUCAAGUGCUCGACUUUCAGCUACCAGGUAGCGAUCCCCGAGGCGGCGCUUCCUUUGCAGCUACCGUUUCGCUUUCCAAUCCUUCCCCAUUUGGAUUUCAGUUAGGAACGCUCUCAGUGGAUCUGUUCUACAAGGGCAUGUAUCUUGGCCCCGCAAGCACCACCAAUCUCAAUGUUACCGCUGGGCUCAAUGUUGCAACUCUCAACGGCAGGGUUCUUCCACAAAAUGACAAUGCCACUGCUCUCGAGCUGCUAGGCCAACUAUUCACAGGAUACAUCAAUGGCCACGCUGUUCCUACAAUUGCUCGUGGGGUUUCGGCUACUCAGAACAAUGGCGAGUCGGUUGGCUGGCUAAGUCAAGGAAUCAGUGCUCUCGAGCUAGGUGUCCCUUUGAAAUCGCCCGUACCCAUCAACCCCAUCAAAGGACUCAACAUUGUCACUCUGUCUCUUGUCUACACACCGGAAACUGCUUAUUCGCCUACUGCCUACUCGAGCGCAAUUUCGGCCGAUCUUGUACUUCCUUUCGGCAUCCCUCUGUCAAUUGUCAAUGCCGCAAAUACAUUCACCAUCCUUUAUGAUGGCGUUCAGGUGGCUACCAUCAAUUCAGCCUAUUCGAAUUCUACAACGCAGCUCACAGUCAUCAACUCUGGAAACGCAGCUGGUACCGUCAACUUGACUUUGCCCCCUUCCCAGUUGACGUUGGCAAACAAUACCCAAGCCGCUCGUACCGAGCUUGAGCGCUUUCAGUCCUACCUUACACUCACCAACGGCACUGCGGUUCGUCUACAGGGAGCUUCCAAAGCUAUCACCGAUACUCCCAUGGGACGUGUCGUUCUCGACGGGAUCGUCUUUGACGUUAACAGCGGCCUGCUUGGACUGCAGGGGCUUGCGGCUUACCCGUCGGUGAUAAAUCAAGUAGAUGCGACGGGCGGAACUCGACAAGGUAUCAGCCUCUUGGUCUCUGCAACAUUGAUCAAUCCUUCUAACCUGAAUCUGUCUUUGGGAGACAUCUCCUUUCAAAUGGUGAAUCAUGAUGUCAUCGGAAUUGCUACUAUCCCCAACCUCAACUUGAUGCCUGGUCGCAAUGACAUCAAUGCAACGGCCAUCUUUGACGCCAACGCAAGUCCACGUGGCCUUGAAACUCUUAAUCGCUUCAUCUCGGGCCAAGACACAAGUAUUGAGAUCAACGGGUUUUCAGGCUCCACCAACAUCGCAUCUCUCCUCCCAGCUCUUUCUCUAAUCAGGCUCAACACAACAUUACCAGGAUUAAAGACAACUCUAAUCAGCAAUGCCAACCUCACCGUUUUGGAAACGACAGGUGUUUCAGACAACAUUGCCAACGCCACUGUCUUCCUUUCCAAUCCUUUCACAACGUCGCUGACCAUCACCCAAAUUCGGUCCAACGUUACAUCCCACGGCAUCUAUGUGGCCUCUAUCGACACGCCGCUCAGCUUCGUAGCCACUGGACAUGCAGUCACGCAGUCGCCACCCAUCCCGCUGGGCCUCAAUCUGUAUCCUCCCGACUUGUUUGGUCUCGUGCGAGCUCUUGCGCUGCAGAGUGGACAGGAUCCGAUCUACAUAGAUGCUCUGGUUCAGCUUGGCGGCUACAGCAUGACGCCCUCCACGGAGGCCAACUCUCGUCGUUCGCUUAUGCAAGAGGCAGUCGGUGAUGAGAUGGCCGGAUUGCUCGUAAACAAGUCAGAAGGCGAGUGGUCUCUGGGCUACUAUCGAGAGGAGCCAACAUCACUCUGGAAGCGCGACAACCUGUUCACGGGAUUUGACCUGCCAAGCUACGUUGACCGUGCUUUUGGAUCUGCUACUGCGAACUUGGAAAUCGUUGCCGCUGCCUCAGUCGGCAAUUAUGAGACAACGUUUACCUUGGCACAACAGGACGUGCCACUAGGAACGGAUGUGACGCUCAACAGACUGCUUCCUGUCCUUGCUCGACCAAUUGUGCAAAAGAUUGUAGAUGGUGCUACUCUCAAGAUCGACAGAGUUACCAUCCUUGAUCCUCAGCAACAGUCCUUCCAGACUGCUCUCCAAGGAACGAUCACCGACACGGGUCCCUUUGAUGCCACUCUAGAAUUUGCUGAGGGAUUGAACGUUACGUGGAACGGGCGUCUAUUGGGUAAAUUGGCAAUGCCAAAUGUCUCGUUCGUAGCAGAUGUGGGAGCUACAUUAGAGAUCAUGGCCCAAUUUGUGGUUGCCGAUGUUGACUACCUGACCGAGUUCACACGUUACAUGGUCACAGAACGGAGCUUCGUGUGGAAUAUUGCUGGCGAGAAUCUUCGCGUUGCGGCGCUUGGCAUCGAAAUUGACGGGAUCUCCUUCUCCAAGAAUGUGAUUCUCAGCGCCUUUGAUGGUCUUGUGAACAGCGUCAUCAUCAACUCCUUCGAUCUACCCUCGAACGAUCCAGCAGGUGGAAUACACCUCACUGCAGCCGCAACGAUCUACAAUCCUUCGCAAGUCGGGGUUCAACUCUCUCGAUUUGGGCUGAAUCUAGCUCGCAACAAUACGAUCCUGGGUCCAGGAUCCGUCGAUGAACCAUUUGUGCUGCAAGCAUUGGCCGUGACCACGCUUCCUUUGGCAGGCAGACUGAUACCUCAAACGACAGAUCAGGGCCUGGCUGUACUGUCUGAAGUAUUUCAGCGCUUCAUCGACAACAUUAACACGGAUCUCACUGUCAGCGGUGACUAUGCAGGUCCAGCGUCUGUCACUUGGCUUAACGAAGGAAUCAAGGCUCUUGUCGUUCAGGUGUCCCUGCCAUCUCAGAGCUUCACCGUACUGCGUACUAUCUCCAUCAACCAGAUCGCGCUUUAUUUCACCCAGGAUACCGCUUGGAAUCCAUCUACCAGUUCGAACAAUACGCAGGCAGAAUUUUUCCUGCCGUUCGCUUUUCCUGUCGAUAUACAGCAGGGAGGCGGGAAGUUCAUUGCCAACUAUCAAAAUCAAGACAUGGCAGAGCUCGAUAUCCCACUGUCGCCCUCCAUCACAGAUGUCACUUUGCGCAUAGUGACCCUCAUGUUCACUAACAUCCCCUUCGACGUUUAUGCGCCAGGUCACAACGCUUUCUCACAAUCCUUGACCGACACCACGGCAGGUACACAAGUCACCUUCAAUCUGCAUGGCAGAGCUAAUACUAAGAUCGACACUGCUGCGGGGCUUGUAUCAAUCAAUCAAAUUCCUUUCGAUGUCAAUACCAACUUGUUGGGCUUACAAAACCUGAAUGCUCGCCCAGCGACCAUUGCCAACCUGGACGUCUUUCACGGUUAUCCCUCAUACCUACAGAUCAAUGCCGAUGCUACUCUCUUCAAUCCGUCUCACGUCACAAUUGGUGCUGGUGACGUUACCUUGGAUGUCUUUUUCAUGGACAGAAACAUCGGUACGGCCGUAAUCAAUGGCCUGGUACUUGUUCCAGGUACUAACAUUGUCCCGACGCAGGUUCACUACUCUCCGCAAGGUGCACUCAACGUUGCCGCCGGCCAGCAGCUGUUGGAAAACUAUGUUCAGGGGAUUGUUUCAACAAUUGACAUUCGGGGUUCACAAAGUACCACACCCAUCGCUUCGCUCAAGCAGGCUCUCUCAGGUAUCCGCUUGCAAGCCGAUAUUCCACCGUUGCACCAGCUUCUACUCGCUCGUGCGAGGUUGGUCAUUCCUUCCAACAUUGCUCAGACGGGCAUAGCGCAGGCCAACUUUGAUCUGCAUAAUCCGUUCACCGCCUCCAUUAGCCUACUCAAAGUAAAGCCCGACGCAUUGUACCAAGGCAUCGUGCUCGGUCAUAUUGAUGAAGAUCUGUCGAGAAAUCCGAUCACCGCAGCUGGUCAUACUACCGUGACGUCCCGCUUCCUUCCACUCCAUUUCAACCUUGAUCCGAAAACGCUCAUACGCUUCGUACAGGCAGCCGCGGCAUCUACAGGCACAGAUCUUGGUCCUUUGCCACCGCUCUUUGAUCGAGUGCUCGGACAAGCUUCAACACAAACAUCAAUCAGUCCAUUCCCAGACUCAAAUCCUCCAAGCUGUUGUUCCGGGCAGCAAUUCGAUGUACUUGGCGCUGUCCUCCGAACUUUGCAGGGUCUCGAGACGACACUGAAUGUGCAGUCGAGCGACAAGCUUGACGACUAUGCUGUCAACCUCAACGUUGUUCAGCAACCAGUGCCAACCGAUACAGACAGAAGUGCUCUUUACCUGCUCGCUCCUGCCGGUGCUCCGAUAGUGCAAGACAUUGUGCAACAGGCAGUGCUUACUGUCACAACCGCUAAUAUCACCGGCAUUACCAACGCGGGAUUUGACGUUUCGUUGCAAGGCUCUCUAACCAAUACUGGUCCUUUCGACGCCUUAAUCGAUUUUACUGAGCCGCUGACAGUGACAUGGCAAGGGAGGGACAUUGCUCAACUAUCUCUCCCCUCUAUCUGUGCUUUUGCAAACGUGGGUGUGCCCAACCUCUCCACGCAAGGUCACUUGACCAUCACCAACCUUGGCGCCUUUACCGAUUUUGCCAUUUAUAUCUUACACAAUGAAUCCUUCGAAUGGACCGUCUCAUCGAAUCGUCUCACUCUUCGAGCCCUGGAGAUCAUCUUUAGCAAUGUCGAUUUCUCCAAGACAAUUGGCUUUAAGUCUUUCAACGGCCUCGCUGGUGUCACUGCAUCCAACUUUGACGUCCACGGCGAGACAGGCAAAUCUUUGUUGAUACGAGCAGGCGCUUCGAUCCCGAGCCCAGCCACUCUGGGUAUCCAGCUCGAUACUGCAAACUUUGAGAUCUUCUUCUUAGGAACUGACAUUGGGCCAGUACACGGCAGCAACGUGUUCCUUCCUGCUCUCGGGACCAUCAACACGACACUCGAAGGGGAAAUCACGUUCAAGUCAGGACGCGACCUACAGAACACAGGGAUUCUUUUCAGCAACUUCCUUCAAGGCAAAGCGCAAAUCAUUGAGGUUCGAGGUGUUUCUGUCGUCACGCAGGCGAAUGGCAACCAGCCCGUAAAUUGGCUGAGCGCUGCGUUCAAAACGCUGACCUUGCAGGUCUCACUUCCCGGCCACAUCUACCAGCUCAUCUUCUCCAUCACGAUUUCGGACUUUACCAUCUAUGUCCAAGGUGACCCUGCUGACUCGUAUGUGGUGCCUACAAGUUCGAAUUCAACGCUUGCUACUUUUGCAAACCCCUUUACCUUCAGCUUGCAGCCAAUUCAAGCGGCAGCGCACAUCAACCUCUCAUACGCUAAUGGUGACACUGCGUACCUUGACCUUCCACAGACCAACGUGCAAGGAGGAACGUCGCGUGGUCCCAACGACAUUCAGGCAAUUCAACUCAUGUGGCGUCGGCAGAGCCUCGUCGCUGUUGACAGGUCGAGCUUCCAGACUUUCUUUGCACAGCUCACAGACACGCCGAGAGGCACCUUUGAUAUGAGAGGCGGAGUGGAUGUGGUUGCAAAGACAGUUAUAGGUAACAUCCCUAUCUCUGGGAUUCCAUUCGCCGUCACCACUUCGCUUGCUGGUAUCAACAGCUUCAAUCACGUUGCCACCUUGUCUGAUGCAGUAGUCAGCAGUGGAACGCCUGACUUUGUGUGGGUACCGAUCAAAGUCACACUCACAAACCCCUCGAACAUCACUGUCUUUACCAACGAGGUAUUCCUUCCUGCUAUUUUCCGAGGUGUUUUCGUGGGGCGAGCCGAGAUUCCGGUGCUUGGUCUCAUCCCGGGCGAGAACGUGGCGCAAGCCUAUUUCUACUACUCUCCUGCAAACGCCAAUGACUCGACGGCUCAAGAGCUAUUCACGCUGUAUAUCCAGCCAUCCAUCUCAGACGGCACCUCACCUCAAUCUGCCCCACUCACCAUUGACGGUACACGAGCGCCAUUGACAAAUUUGACUCUGUACGACUCCUUGCGUCCUGCUAUCGCUGGAGCCACGGCCACCACAGUGUUGAACGGAAUUGGUUCUCGCAUCGUCACUCAUAUCAACGUUUAUCUUACUAUCGAGACUAUUACUACCGGACUGUCGAAUCUUCUACUCGGAGGAGCUACACUACCUGUGGUCGAAAUCGAUCUGACUGCGCGGAACGAAUUGGGCACCAAUUUGUACAUCACUGCCCUGCAAACGUCUGCAAAGAUCGCUGGCACGAAGCCAGUCGAUGCAAACAAUCCAGAUGCACGGGUAUCGUUCACGUUUCCAACUGCGUUUUCUGUACCGGCCAAAGGAACUAGCAGCUCUGUCAGAGUGCCAAAUGUGGUGCUGCCGAAAGGACUAUUGGCUUCGUUGCCAGUCAUUGGCCAAAAUCUCGACCUAUACAACAACUUGCCUGUCCGAAUCGGGCCGUCCGUUGACGACAGCUAUUUCGCCCCCGGUCUCAACUACAUUGAGCUCAAUGUCGACACAGCUUACUCCCUGGAUCUUGCUGGACUGAUCAUCCCCAUCGGCGGGCCAAUUCGCACUCUCGAGGAACUGUUGAACACGAUCUUACAAGCCGGUGCAAACCUCGGCAGUCUGAUAGAUGGCCUACCAAACCUUUUGACGCAAGCGCUACAGGGCAACCUCAUCGGUGGCUUGGAUCAGGAAGCUAAGCAGGUUGUCUGUACGCUGACGCAGCUUACAAAUGGUCUAACAGGCAACCUUCUGGAUAGUAUUCUGUCAGAUGCCAGCUGCCCGAACCGUCCCUCGUCUUCGUCGGCACCAGUGUCAUCGACCGUAGCGUCUAGCUCAGUCAUCCCGUCUUCGUCUUCGUCCUCGACAGGGACGGGUACCCCGACUUCUCCGACUGACGCCACAUCCAUCACAACUCGUACUUCGGUAGAGUCAGCAACUGACCAAGGAGAGCGAGCAUCGCCUACCGCUCAGACGUCUCCAGCAACCGCCACGCCUUCUCCUGCCCUUCUUACGCUCCCCUUUUGA